AUGGCCACCGAUAUGGUCGACUCGCUGCUUAUGAGCCUCCCGCUGGAGCUUCGACACAAGUGCUUCGAAUACGCGGCCGUGGGCGACACCAAGCCCAAGAAUCUGCUCCGCCACUGGUUUGAGAAGAAGGAAGUCAAGGAGCUUGUCGCGACCACCGUCGCCGCCAACCCCACCGGCCCGGCCCCGACUGUCGUCUACCAGCAGGAGCACGAUGAAGAAGACAGCGACGUGCCACAGCCGGACGAGGACGAGGAGGAGCAGGACGGCGAGGACGAUGAGGAUGGGGACGGCGAAGAUGACGAGGGUGAGGACGGCGAAGAUGACGAGAGUGAGGACGACAACGAAGAGGAGAAUCAGGAUGGGGACGGAGACGGAGACGGUAUGGCGGAUCAAGCCCAGGCAAUUCAGUUCGCCAUCACUCAAGCUCUCACUCAAGCUCAAUAUGCCGUCCUGCCUCCGCCGCCUGCCUCGGCCGCUCCCACUACAACCCAGCCCCAGACCCAGACUCAACAUGUGUCCGCAGACGACCAAGCAAAUGCGCCCGAGUUGAACGCUGAUGAAGAGGAAGUGGGCGUCGCAGCAGACGGGGCCAAUGCCCCAGCCGCCAAUAUAACAGAGGAAGGCUCCCAAGAUGCGGAUGGCGACGAGACCAUGACUGAGGAGGAUCAAGAUGGCGAGGAAGACGCCGAGGACGACGGUGAAGCAGAUGAAGCAGCCCAUGGUGGAGGCGGCUCAGCUGCAGCACCUCAACAGCCGAUUCCUCCGCCGCCAGUACCCGUUGUCGCUCCUGCCAGAAAGUGGCGUCACAUCCCCAACUUCAUGCGUCUGACGCACUGCCCUCCUCCCGUCCAACUCCUUCUCGCCUCCAAGCAGCUCAAUAAUGAAGCCAAGAACUGGUUUUACGACGUGGCCGUCCUCCGCAUCAAUGCGACCGGCUCCUUCGCCCACACCAGCUUCUUCGAGGAAGCCUUUGACCAGAUUACCGAGGCCGCCUUCAGCCCCAUGGAGAACGUGCGCAAGGUCGAAGUGCUCUUUUCCUGGGACACAACCUGGCUCCGUGCCGACACCACGGGCUGUGCUGAAGCCAUCUUCCCGGCUCUCUUGCGCCAGCGCUCAGAGUUCGUUCAUAAGAUCCUGUCGCAAGCUCCGGACCUCAAGGACGUGAUUAUUCACUGGCACGACUCGGCUGAGGACAACGAGUCUGCUAACUUCAUGCUCGAUGUCCUCGCGCCGUUCCACAGUCUGAACGCUCACCUUGCUAUCAAGGAACACUACAUCGCCGUCAAUGCGAAGCCCAACUCGCGCAGCAUCGCUGGCCAGCGCCGCGUGGAGUUUCAGGCCAUCAUGGAUGCCGGUCUGGAUCGACUCUUCUAG